GUGUCCUCGCGGCCAGAUGAGGGGAUACAAGAUUAACAUUUAGUAGCAUGUUGAUAUUCACCUUUUAUGUGCAGGUUAUAAGAGCUUGCACAGACAACUGAACACACUUUUAACUACAUUGAUGCAUCCAGUCCAUUUUUAAUACAUCUACUGUCUACCGUUCCAGCUCUCCACCAUAACAGUAAUAAUUAAGAAGAGAUGGUUGAAUUACGGAAGCGCAAAGCUCCCCCUAAGCUCGUUGAGGCCAAGAGCAGAGCAAAAAGAAACAAAAAGGCGACAAAACCUGACGCAGCAGCAGCAGCUGCUGUUGUCGCUACCGAACCAGUACCUAGGAUAGAAAAGGCCGUGAAGACGACGAUAGCCUCUAGAGUCACACCUGUGACUACCUCAUCGCAGAAGAAAGCUCCGAAGAUCGGUGAUACAAUUGACCUUGAUAAGAUCGGGACUGAUAUCACUACUCACGAUGGAACUCAGACGACGUUGAAGUCACUGGUUGAACAGAGCACUGCGGGCGUCGUUUUGUUCACCUACCCUCGUGCUUCAACACCUGGCUGCACCACCCAAGUCUGUCUUUUCCGCGACCGAUACGACAAGCUUACAUCUACAGGAUUGUCCAUCUUUGGGCUCUCUGCCGACUCGCCCAAAGCAAAUGCGAAUUUCAAAUCCAAACAUAACCUCCCCUAUACUUUACUCUGUGAUCCUACAGCUAGUUUGAUUGAUGGUCUUGGACUGAAGAAAGUGCCCAAGGGAACUGUACGUGGUGUUUUUGUUGUGAAUAAGGAGGGUAAGGUUCUCUUUCUGCAGUCUGGCGGACCGGCUGCUACGGCUGAUGCUGUCCAGGAGCUGGUGGAGAGUGAUUUGAAGUAAUUGAAUCAUUUCUUCGUGGACAGAGGUAGUUUCUUUGUCAAUAACUACAUAAGAGAAUAGGUCUUUGAUAUUGUGGCGGAUGUAUUACUUGCGAAAACAGAAUUUUCCCAGCCCCCCCUGAAAAUUAGUAGCAAAACGCUGCCAAAAAAAUCAAAAUAUUCACAUUUCUCUAGAAUUAUUCAAUUAUCAUUCAAUACACAUCUUUAUCAAUCAAAUAUCAAUCAAAUAUGUGUCUUUCUUACCUUUAUCAUCAAUAUACUAUCUCAACUCAGUGAUUUCAUCAUCAAUGAAACUGUACACUUUCUUAAGAAUAGUU